CACACACACACACACACACACACACACACACACACACACACACACACACACACAAACACAAACACAUAUGGUUUCUUACCAUUUCUGCAUUUGACUCUAUUAUUAGUCUAGUUUUGCGGGACUGUCCUAGUUUCAUUUUACGGUUUUAUAUAUUUGCCAAAUUUUAGAGCGAUAUGGAAAAUCAGAAAAUCACACAAACUUAAACUUUGCUAACCUGGAAUCCGUCCAUGGGAAAGUGUCUCAUCUCCCUGAUCUCAUUACUCGCGGGUUCUUCUUGCCCAAACACCCUCCUGCCCAAAAUACUCUUCAUUUCAUCGUUUCCUGACAGCCUGCACAGUUCUCAUUGAAUCCUGGUGGAUUUAUUCAUCUCUUUUAACUGUUUUUAACCCGUUUUUCUCCACACUCUAAUAUUUGUGUGUUAUCGGAGUGUUCGCCUGCCAUCAUGGCGACGGGCGGCUUGCAGACGGAUGUGAAGAGCUCUCUGAAUGGGAGCAUGGAUUUAUAUCACAGCUGGUUUGGUUCUACAACUCCACGACCUCCUCUAAAAAACUACCUGCUCCUGACCAUCCUCACUUGCUUCUGUCCAGCCUACCCUGUCAACAUUUUAGCCCUGGUCUUCUCUGUAAUGUCCAGAAACAGUUAUGAUCAGGGGGAUUAUGAGGGUUCAAGGCGUUUAGGGAAGAUGGCGCUCUAUGUGUCCAUCGCAUCCAUCAUCAUCGGCAUCCUCAUCAUCACCAUCUUCUGCGCUGUGCAUUUCAGCUCGAAGGACAUGUAAGAUGACAGUAUUUUUGUCGUGCUGUGCUCUGGGUGAAGGAUGUCCACUGGGUCACUCAGUCUGUCGAAGUGAACAGAGAUUUUAGUAACGAAACCAGGAGCAGGACAGAUCCAGCACAGGACAUCAGCUCUCCUCCAUCUUCAGUCCAGCUCUGAAUGAACAUGCUUAUAAAAGAGAGGUAGAUGAUGGGGCUUGAAAAGUUAUGUCAUUUUUGUCAAGAAAUUUUCACAGACAACCACAUUCAAUGUAUGCACUUUUAAAUCACUGAAUAAUACGCAUCCAUGCACAUACUGAAUAUGUAAAUAAUUUUGUAACUCAUGCAUGUCUGUUCUUUUUCUAAUUCUUUUUCUUUUAUCUUGUAUUGAAAUGUAAAGCUACAAUGGUUUCAGGGUUGAAUUUCAAUGCAAAAAAUGAUUAAUAAUGACCUUAACUAGUAAAUAUCAUUACAACACAUCAAACUGUUUACAGCCUUCAAGUCUUAAAACCUCUUAUAAAUUCUGUAAAAACUAAUCAUGGACAUACUGAAUAUGUAAAUAUUACCGAUUCUAUGUAUUUGAGUUUAAAAUUGAUUCAUGCAGGCUAUUAGUCUAUAGACCAAUUUCAUGUAGACGUCACAGUUACACACAGCUGCGCGCGCAUUGUGGUGGCAGAAACACACGGUAACAAGCGGGCGUGAAACGGGAAAGAUCCACACAGAAUAAGAGAUAAAAUGUACUGUUGUGCCUUCGGAUGUCAGAAUCGAAAUGCAAAUAAUUUUGUAUAGAAUACUGUCGUCAAAAACGCCAUUUGAAGCUAAACACAGACGUUUAAACGGACAGACUAAUGAAUGAAACCUGCUAUGAUUACUCUACUUUUAAAGCACAAAUUUGAUUUAAACAAUUGGUCAACAUGAUAUUCACAUAUACAGUUCAUAGGGAAUAUAUUAUAUUUGUCCUACAUUUACAGCAUGAAAUUGUAUUUGAACCUAUACCAAUUUACAUCACGUUACCUAUUUUAUCCCACAAUUCUUUUUUAAGACUUUUUUUUUUCAACUUUAUAUUUAUAUUAUACUUUAUAACUCGAUUUAACUCAACAAUAGCGAGUUUGUCCAUUCUGAUGUGUGAGAUAUAACUCAAAAGAGAGAAUGACCAGUUGAUUUUUCUUAUCAGACUUAGAGAUUUUUGUGUUUUAUUGAAUAUUUUACAAAUGAAAAUUACACUAACAUGUUUUGAUGAACUUGUCCUAAUUAACUAAUAAAGUUCAUUUAUAAAGCACCA